AUGAAGGAGUCAUCGUUGGCAACAACAUCCACUUUGUUAGAGUUAAAAAAGCCUGGUGACCAGGCUUCCAGUGUGGCCAAAUCCGUUUACUCCGACCUUCACCAUCAUGUUUCAGGGAUGCGGCUGAUGCUGCACGAAAAGAGAGAUCUUUUUUUCUCUCAAAGAUUUCCGACAAGGAUGGUACCUUUCUACUUUCCUCCAUCAAAAUGUGCACUUUGGAACCAAACACCAAUGGGAGAUUUCACCUAUCUACAUCUUAAUUACUACAGAAACCUGAAACUUGUAGUGACUGAAAAGACCAUCCGGCUUGCUUAUCGUCAUGCUAAGCAGAAUAAAAAGAACCUGCCAUGCUUUUUACUUGGUUCUCUCACAGUGGACGAAGAUGAAGAAGGUGUGACAUUGACUGUAGAUCGCUUUGAUCCUGGUCGAGAAGUACCUGAAUGCUUAGAGAGAAUCCCAAGUGCUUUUCUUCCUGGGGAUUUUUUAAUUCCAUGUAAAGUUGAUACUCAAGAACUUUGUUCGAGCGAAAUACUAAUUCACAAUGCAGAUGACUUCAGUUCUGCUUUUACGGCAGUGCAGAACCAUGUGUGUAGCAAAGAUUCCUUGGACUGUGCCUUGGCAAGAAACUUGAGUGGUAAUCUGAGUAUUUCUCAACUUCAAGGGACCUAUAAAUAUGGAUAUCUUACCAUGGAUGAAACGCGAAAAUUACUGCUUUUGCUGGAAUCUGAUCCCAAAGUUUACUCUUUACCAUUAGUGGGAAUUUGGCUAUCUGGAAUAAUUCAUAUCUAUAGUCCUCAGGUAUGGGCUUGUUGCUUGCGAUACAUGUUCAGUUCUUCUAUUCAAGAAAGGGUAUUUUCAGAAUCUGGAAGUUUCCUCAUAAUUCUCUACUCUGUGACACAUAAGGAGCCUGAGUUUUAUGAAUGCCUUCCUUGUAAUGGAAUGACUGACCUUCAGUUCCAGUUACUGACUAGCAAGGAAACAUUACAUCUCUUCAGAAAUGUGGAAUCUUCUGACAGAAAUCCAAUCUCUUUUGAAAUGAGUACUGAAAGCCAAAGUACAGAAGCCGAGUUUUUCAGCAAGAUUUCCAAAAAUCUUUCAAUUCAGAGAUCUUCUCAGAAGUUACCUCCAGGAAAAAUAGCAAUAAGUGAUCAUGACUCUGGUGUUGAAGAUGAAGAUUAUUCUCCAAGACCAAUUCCUAGUCCUCAUCCAGUGAAUCAGAAGAUCUCUAAGAUCGAGCCAUUAGUUCCUGAACUUUCACUGGUGUUGGAUGGCAAUUUUACAGACUCCAACCCUCUACCUAAUCCACUGGAAUUGAUAAAUAAUGAAAAUCCUCUGUUAAUUAAUCAGCCUGAACACUUGGAGUCAAUGCAACUCCAACCUUGUGAUGAGAAGCACAGCCCAGAUGCUGAAGCUGAAGGAAAGCUUUCCAUGAGAGGGCUACCAAAUCAGUUAAACCAAGGCACUGCUUCUUUGAGACACUACAAAGAUAGACAGCUGCCUACUUAUAAGAAAGAGAACACUUACAUCAGGAACAGCGUUAAAUCAUCUUCUCUUGAUGACUUGUCAUCCAAUACAUCUGAAAAGUUUCAAGCAUUUUCUACUGAACAGUUUAAAAGAGAAGAGUGUCCUCCUAUAAGAUCCUCCACAUUUAAUUCUGGGCAGCUCGCUUUUGCCCCAAAAUCUCACCUACACAAUUUUGUGUUUUCAUCUCAUAAUUCUGGAAUACCAAUGGAACUUCAGAUACCUACUCCCCAACCACCAUCUUACUAUACUACAAAUGUUUGCAGUUGUUGUCAACAUCAUGGCCAUAUUCAGUAUAGUCCAAUACAUUCUUGGCAAGCGAUGAAUACAGCAGGAUCUGUUAAGGAUCUCCAAUGUGAAGUCCUUCAAAAACAUUCAUUGUUUCAUCCAAAUGGAUGUCCAGCUAUGCAUCAUAAUGCAGUCUAUUCUUCAAGUAGUCCUAUAGCUGUGAGGCCUCAAGGAAUUCUAGGUGGUGGUUCUCACAGCAGUGCAGAACCCUCCGCUAUGGCAAGACUGCCUUCACACAUAGACUCAUGUAACUCAUCACCUUGUGCAAUGUGCAUGCAUACUUCCAAGGAUGGAUCAGAUAAUGGAAUGAUGGGACUAUCUCCAGAUGCUUAUAGAUUCCUCACAGAACAAGACAGACAGCUUAGACUACUUCAGGCUCAGAUUCAGCGUUUACUAGAAGCACAGUCUCUGCAGCCCUGUUCACCCAAGACGGCCACUGCUGAAGAUAGUGCACAACAAAUGGACUUGGUCUCCCUCGAUGCUCAGUCUUCUGGCUUACAUGUGAGAAAAGGUGUAAGCAUUGCUGUCAGUACAGGUGCUAGCUUGUUCUGGAAUGCAGCUGGUGAUGGUCUAGAGCCUGAAUCUCAGCUGAAGCAAGAUGACACCAAAAUUUCCAGUGAAGACAUGAAUUUUUCUGUUGAAAUUAACAAUGAAGUCACAAGUCUUCCAGGUAGUGCAUCUUCAUUAAAAGCAGUUGAUAUUCCCAGUUUUGAAGAGAGCAACAGUGCUGUGGAAGAAGAAUUUAAUCAACCUUCUGUAUCCAACUCCCCUCCGGUCGUGAGAAAAGGUCCUGAUGUGCCUGUGUUCUUUCCGAAUUCCCUGUUGGCAGAGAGUGUAAGCAUGUGCUUACAGACUGGACCAACAGAGGGUGCUAAGAAUAGCUCUGUGACAUCCGGAGAAACAAAAAUUGAGCAAGUGAUGCAACCCUUGCCUCAUCAAUCAUCUGAUGACCAGAAAAUUUACCAGGAUUUGUUGGGUCAAGUAAAUCACCUUUUAAAUAACUCUUCCAAAGAAACUGAACAGCCAUCCACCAAAGCAGUAAUCAUCAGCCACGAAUGUACCAGGACUCAAAAUGUUUACCAUACGAAGAAAAAAAAACAUGAUUCAGGGUUGAUGGACAAAGAUUGUGUUCUUAAUGCAACCCUGAAGCAACUAAGAAGCCUUGGAGUAAAAAUUGAUUCUCCUUCUAAAGUUAAUAAAAAUGCCCAUAAAGUGGAUCAUGCCAGUGUGCUGGCAUGCAUCAGUCCUGAAGCCGUGAUCUCUGGAUUAAACUACAUGUCAUUCGCUAAUGUUGGCAUGAGUGGUUUAAGCCCCAGUGGUGCAGAUCUGAGCAUGGAGGCGAAUGCUAUAGCUCUGAAAUACUUAAAUGAAAAUCAGCUAUCACAACUGUCUCUCACUCGAUCAAACCAAAAUAACUGUGACCCAUCCUUUAGCCUUUUGCAUAUUAAUACAGACAAAAGUGCAAUGGGGCUCAGUUUAAUUUCACCAAACAACAUGUCAUUUGCAACCAAAAAAUACAUGAAGAGAUAUGGACUCAUACAAAGCAGUGACAACAGUGAAGAUGAAGAGGAGCCACCAGACAACACAGAUAGCAAGGAUGGACAGCUAUUAAACCAAAACCUUGCAUCUAUAUCUAAGCAGAGUUUUUGUCAGAAAGAACCUUCUAGGAAUGCCUGUGAAAGAAUCAAUUGUUACAAGUCUGAAUCUGUGGACAUUCGCCCAGAUGUGCCAGUACUGAAAAAUAUUACAAAUGAAGUGGCCCAACAGAAGGCAACACAGCAAUCACAUGAAAAUCCACCUUUCAUUUUAAAGCACCUUAAACCAAGUCCUACAGUGAACCUUCGAACUGGUAAAGCAGAAUUUACUCGACAUCCUGAGAAAGAAAAUAAAAAAGACACUCGAGUUUUUCCUGAAAGUUUGCAACCUUCUGAAACUUCAAAGCAGAUGAAUAGCAUGAAUUCAGUUGGCACAUUCUUAGAUGUAAAACAACUCAGACAGCUGCCAAAAUUAUUUUAA